AAAACGAAAAAGGUCCUCUGUUGUCGGAAGCACGAACCAUUUUCCAUCGCAGCUGUCCGUCUUGCUUGCAGUCUGUUUUGGUCCGUCAGUCAUGGCUUUAUCAGUGCUCGUUUCUUUACUUCUGCUGAUUAUCGCAGAGGCGGCAAAAGUCGACGAUGCAGGAUUCGGAAGUCAAUACGACUGGCAUUCACUCGAGGAUGGCUAUGUCGAAGCAGAAAAAACUGGAAAGCCAAUAAUGUUCGUAAUGCACAAAAGCUGGUGCGGCGCCUGCAAAGCUCUUAAGCCGCAGUUUGCCAAAUCAGCGAGUAUAGAAAAGUUGAGCAAGAAGUUCGUUAUGGUUAUUGCUGGCGACGAUGAUGCGCCGACCGAUUCGAAGUUCGCCGUCGAUGGAACAUACAUUCCGCGCAUUUACUUCAUGAGUAAAGGCUGGAACAGCGAUCCUGACAAAUCUGUGAUAGACGCCAUCAAUGAGUUCGGCAACCCCAGCUACAAGUACUACUAUGGCAGCAUCAGCCAAAUUGAAGCGUCGAUGAAAAAGGCGCUGGCCAGUUCAUCAGUCGAGAAAAGAGAAGUCAGUCAGGAGGAGUUGUAAGAAGAAAACAAGUGCCAGAGCGACUUGCAAUUUUUUUCUUAGUCAACA